AUGCCAUCAACAGUACCGUCCGAGUCGGAGCUCGCGCCCAAGUUCGCGCCCUUUGUCGGCAUGGCCGGCAUUGCGGCUGCCAUGAUUUUCGGAUGCGCUGGCGCAGCAUUCGGCACCGCCAAGUCAGGCAUCGGUAUCGCGGGUGUCGGAACCUUUAGGCCAGACCUCAUCAUGAAGUGCUUGAUUCCUGUCAUCAUGUCAGGAAUCAUCGCUGUCUACGCCCUCGUCGUCGCCGUCUUGAUCGCCCAGGACCUCAACGCUCCCACUGCAGGCGCGAGUUACGACCUUUUCAGAGGCUUCAUGCACCUCGCUUGCGGCUUGUCCGUCGGCCUUACUGGUCUGGCCGCCGGCUACUGCAUCGGCAUUGUUGGAGACAAGGGUGUCAGGGCUUACAUGGAGCAGUCCAGAAUCUUUGUCGGCAUGGUGCUGAUUCUGAUUUUCGGCGAAGUCUUGGGUCUUUAUGGGCUUAUUGUUGCGCUCAUUCUCAACACCAAGAGCCAGGGCUAA